AUGCCAUGGAAUAUGACAACGUAUCCAAAUUUAUUAGGACAUAGUAAACAAGACGAUGCUGAUUCAGAUAUGGCUGUUUAUCUUCCAUUAUUAAAUAUAAAUUGUUCAAAAGUUCUACGAUAUUUUUUAUGCAGUGUCUAUACGCCCAUAUGUUCCGUGAUUGUUGGUGCUGUUAAACCGUGUCGAAAUUUAUGUGAAGAGGCACGUCUUGGAUGUGAACGAGUCAUGAUGCAAUUUGGCUUUAAUUGGCCACCAUUAUUACGUUGUGAUCAGUAUCCUAAUGAUCAGCCAUGUUUUGAAGCACCAAAAGAUGGUCAGAUUAUCAAUAAAAAGUCAAUUCAACAAUCAAAACAACAAUUUCAACGUGGGUCAAAAGAUGAUCUAGAAGAUUUUCUAUGUCCAUAUCAAUUUCGUGUAUAUAAUACAGAGUUCAAAUAUACAUUAAAGUUUAAUUCACAUUUACAUGUUGAAAAUUGUGGUAUGCCGUGUAAACAAAUGUUAUUUAAUAUGGAUAAUCAGGAACGUAUUAAAACUUUUCGUUAUUAUGUUGGAAUAUUAGCGAUAUUAUGUAUGAUUUCCACAUCAUUUACUAUUUUUACAUAUUUAAUUGAUAUGAAGCGUUUUUCCUAUCCUGAACGACCAAUUCUAUUUUUAUCUAUUUGCUAUUUUUUAUUAUCCAUAGCUUAUUUGAUUGGAUUUAUCGAUUAUUUUUUUGAUUCAACAAUAAGUUGUAAUCAAGAUGAUUUAAGUACAAUUGGUGGACAACAAUCACUGACAGAUUCAACAACAGUCGGAAAAGAUACAAUUAGUGUAGAUAGCAGCAGAGGCGUACGAUUAUUAGUUCAAGGUACACAAAAUAAAUGGUGUAUUCUUACCUUUUUAUUAAUCUAUUUCUUUGGUAUGGCAUCGAUGAUUUGGUGGGUAAUAUUAACGCUAACAUGGUUUAUGGCAGCUGGAUUAAAAUGGGGACAUGAAGCAAUCGAAGCACAAUCAGUCUAUUUUCAUUUGGCUUCGUGGGCAAUCCCAACUGUAAUGAGUGCUGCAUUAUUACUUAAAAAAUCGAUUGAUGGUGAUUACUUAACGGGUGUUUGUUAUACAGGUUUAACCGAUUUAUAUGUUCAACGUGGUUUUUUAUUGGUUCCAAAUUGUAUUUUCAUUUUUGUUGGACUAUGUUUUUUAUUAAGUGGUUUUAUAUCGGUAUUUAAAAUUCGAAAUGUUAUGAAAUAUGAAGGUACAAAGACGGAUAAAUUAGAAAAAUUUAUGAUUCGUAUUGGAUUAUUUAGUGUCAUUUAUAUCUUACCACAAUUGAUUAUUAUUGCUUGUUUAUUGUAUGAACAAAUAAAUUAUAAUGAUUGGCUACGUUGGUGGAAAAAAAAAUUAUGUGAUGCAAAUGAAUCAAAUUAUAUCUCAUAUUUGACAUGUUCAUCCAUUUCGACACCAGCAGCAACAGCAGCAAUAAGAACAGGGCCUAGAUAUGAAAUAUUUAUGUUAAAAUAUACUUUUCAAACGAGCAAUGGAAAUGAGUUUGCUAAUGUGAAUCAAGCUGUAAGAUAUUUGUUUCGAAAACAUAACAAUGAGUCAUCUGAUAUUCUCAUCGACCAAUGGCUUGAAUGGGACACAAGUGUAUUUCAACCGAGACUGUUACAAACCAUUUCAUUAACACAGUCUAAUGACGGUGAUUUUCGAAUUUCAUUAAAACAUUUGAACGAACACGGACAAUUAGCUCAAAAUGAAAAUCUAACAUCUGCUGAUGUUUGUCUAUGGUCAACAUUAUCGCUGGUUGACGAUAUACAACGAAAAAAGCUAUUGAACACAUAUCCAAAUAUUUCCAGAUGGUAUAGUAAACUUGCCACGAAUUUGGAAACUUUUGUACAAAAAAUUCAAGACAUAAAUAUUAAAAAGGAGAAAACAUCAGAAAAAAACAAUAAAAGAAACGGACAGCACGAUGCAAUCUCAAAAUUGAAAGAAAAUGAUUAUCAACAACAAGCAGCGGCAACACUAGCGCAAAAACAAUCUAGAACAAGUCAUCAGUUGCCUCAAUCUUCACAAAAAAAAGGAGAACGACAGCAGAAAGAGAAUGAACUUGUAUUUAAUCAAACACCUGAAAAAAUAGAAGCUGCUAUUUAUAAAUGGAAUGCGCAAUCUACAAUACUAACAGCAAGAGAUCCAAAUGAAAAAAUUAAACCGAAAGCUGGUGAAAAAAAUGUUUUGAUCACAUCGGCAUUGCCCUAUGUUAAUAAUGUUCCACAUUUGGGAAAUCUAAUUGGUUCACUACUGAGUGCUGAUGUUUUUGCUCGAUAUUGUCGUCUUCGUGGUUAUAAUACCCUUGCAAUAUGUGGUACUGAUGAGUAUGGAACAACCACAGAAACAAAAGCGCUUGAAGAAGGAUGUACACCACAAGAGAUUUGUGAUAAAUAUUACAAAUUACAUUGUCAAAUAUAUGAUUGGUUUCUUAUUAAAUUUGAUUAUUUUGGACGAACAUCAACUGAAAGGCAAACACAAAUAGCACAAGAUAUAUUUUGGAAAUUGUAUAAACGAGAUUAUAUAUUGAAAGAUAAAGUCGAACAAUUAUAUUGUGCAAAUUGUAAACGGUUUUUAGCUGAUCGAUAUGUCACGGGCACGUGUCCAGAUCCAAAAUGUAAAUUUCACGAUGCUCACGGAGACCAAUGUGACAAAUGUGGUAAAUUGAUAAAUGCUAUUGAACUAAUUCAACCAUCAUGUCAAAUAUGUAAAAAUACACCAGAGCUUAAACAAUCGGAUCAUUUAUUUCUCGAUUUACCAAAACUAUCUGAGGAUAUUCGUUUAUGGUUUGAAAAAUCCUCGAGUAAAGGAUUUUGGACAAAAACGGCUAAAACAAUAACCGAAGCAUGGCUAAAAGAAGGUUUAAAACCACGUUGUAUAUCAAGAGAUUUAAAAUGGGGUACACCGGUACCAUUAGAAGGUUAUACAGAUAAAGUCUUUUAUGUUUGGUUUGAUGCACCUAUUGGAUAUAUAUCAAUAACAGCCAAUUAUACGGACGAUUGGGAAGAAUGGUGGCAUAAUCCUGAACAGAUUGAGUUGUACCAAUUUAUGGCCAAAGAUAAUGUACCAUUUCACAGCGUCAUAUUUCCGAGUUGUCUAUUGGGUACAAAUGACAAUUACACGACUGUAGCUCAUCUAUCUGGCAUUGAUUAUUUGAAUUACGAAGAUGCAAAGUUUUCUAAAAGUAGAGGUUUAGGUGUAUUUGGGGAUCAAGCACAAGCUACUGGUAUUCCAGUAGAUAUAUGGAGAUUUUACUUGUUAUAUGUAAGACCAGAAACACAAGAUAGUACAUUUUCAUGGGAAGACUUAGCCACAAAGAAUAAUUCGGAAUUGAUAAAGAAUUUAGGAAAUUUUAUACACAGAUCUUUAAUAGCUUGUGAGAGGUGUUUUAAUGGUCAACUACCAGAAAUUCACUUAGGUGAUCUUGAUAAACAGUUGAUAACGCAAAUAACUAAUGAAUUAGAAUUGUUUGUUGAUGUUAUGGAUAAGACAAGACUUCGUGAUGGUUUGAAAUUGAUUUUGAAAAUGUCUCAUUAUGGAAACAAGUAUUUUCAAUUGAAAACACCAUGGAACAAAUGUAAAGGAACGGAUGAUGAAAAAAAAGAAGCUGGUACAACAAUAUCUGUUGCUCUCAACCUUGUUUAUCUGUUAUCAAUUUUGCUUGAACCUUACAUGCCAUCAACAAGUCUUACUAUACAACAACAACUCAAUAUUCCUCAUACAUCACCGAAAUAUGCUGUUGAUGAUGCAUUCCAUUGUUACUUGAAACCCGGUCAUAAAAUUGGUCAAGUGUCACUUUUAUUCAAAUGUAUUAAACCAGCAACAGUCGAUCAGUUGAGGCAACGGUUUUCUGGAAAACAAUAA